GUUUCGCUUGACGAGAGGUCUCCGGAACUGACAAUGUGACUAUCAGCUGAUCUGUUGCACGUACAGAGACCCCAACCUUCCUAGCGAAGUGCACGUACAGAGACACCAACCUUCCUAGCGAAGUACAGAAAUGCUGACAUCUCAUGAGGGGAGACAUAGUUGUUCUUGUCUGAAUUCUCCUGUUCUAGAACAUUCCUGAUCCAUCUUCUGUCUGAUUACAACAGACUGUGAUCGUAAUUGGAUAACUUGUCUCGGUUCCCUGCCCCGUGAAGAGCUACCUUUGAAGCAAAUAUGAGAAAACCAAAACGCCACCAGUGUGUGCGUGGAUGUGUUCGUCUGUGUGUUGUCUGAGUCGGCGAGGAUUGAGCCAGGGAAGCUUUAGUCACGUGACCCGCGGUGAUCACUCAUUGGAUUAUCUACCGUCACUCGGCAUAACUGUACGAGACAGGAGCUCAUUAUAGCCCCCGAGAUUUAUCGCCCCUGUUCCCUGAUCUUUCUGAACUCGUUCUGACGGGGCCGGCUUUUGAUUCUGUCAAAGUGAAUCAUCUGCUGUAAAAGAAAAUUUAAAAAACCACCCCAAAAUUGUGAGUGACGAGAGAAGAAUACUAAACAGGACAACGACAAAAAAAAAACAACAACCCGGGAAAGAUUAAUCAUUUUGCAGGGAACAAGUUCCGCAUAAUUGCUUUUCACGGGAGGUGUUUUAUCAAAAUAAUAUUAUAUUGUAAUUCUGAUUGUGUACGUGCUUUACUUACGAUAAAUUAAUUACUUUUUAUAUUUUCAUUCCAGUAAAAAAAACCCACACCUUUUAUUGUACUGAUAUUUGAAAAAGACGGAGUUGAAAAGAACAAGGUGUAUUUUUUAGAUUUCACCUUGGUUCAGUCAGUUCCAUCAGUGUGGUUCUUCUGUCAACUUCUUCAGUCCGUUUCUUCAGUUAGUUUCUUCGGUCACCCAGUAAGGGAUUUCUUCCACCGGACGCCCACAACCAUGCCGUCCACACGCAGCGACCCGCGCCAGGGGAGCCAACAUAGCCAGCACGGGUCCUCCUCCGCCCACCCUCAAAGCUCCUCCCACAGCCCCGCCUCCCGCCAAUCGUCUCGCUCCUCCUCCAAAAAAGGCUCGAGGCGGAACCCGAGAGAGAGGGCACGCCCUCAAAGGCAGCGGACCUAUCGGAGUCGAGCUGCCAGCUGGCUGGAGCCACGCCUACUUCUCAUCGCGACAGCGACCACCAUGCUUGGAUUUGUGCUUCAGAUCAUCGCCAUCUCCACAGACAGCUGGCUGAUUCUGGACGCCCCGGAUGGUAUCUUCAGGAACGCGUCCGGGAAGUAUCUGGUGGAGGCGUACACGGGUCUGUGGAGGCUGUGCCGGGUGGAGAUAGAGAAGAAGAUGGGUCCUAACGGCAAGUGGAUCGAGGAGAAACACGAGAGCUGUGAGCCUCAUAACUUGUUCCCCUCAGAAGAUGAGAUACAGAGCAACAAAGACUUUGACAGCCAUUACCUCGACUUUGACGUGAAGGACUUGAUCCAGAUGGCCGCGUGUCUCCUGGUGCUGAAUGAAGUCUUUGUCAAGACGGUGGAGCAUGAGAAGGAGAAUAUGCCGGGCCGGAUCCCGCUACAGGCGGAGACCCACUACGGCUACAGCUUCAUCCUGUCCUGGCUGGUGUUCUGUUUCUUCGUGUUGGCCGGCCUCGUACUGCUGUUCACCUCCCACAAGAAGAAGGCUGAGUACGCCGACAGCAGCGAGGCUCUGGAGGAUGAGCCCAUGGAGAUCUUCCGCCGAUAGCCCGCCCAUGUCUGGGACGCCGUGAGCUCACAUGCUGACGUCACGGAUUGGGCUGGGGUCAAGAACGCCUGCGGGCGUGACUGUCGUCUAUGGCAUUAAAGUAGCUGACGUCACGAAUCUGGGUCUGGGUCUAGGACGCCUGUGGUUGUAUCUGGCACGCUGUUAACUCAACCUGACGUCAUGUCAUGGAUGGGGGUCAAGGUCGCCUGUGGUCAUGUCUGGUGUGGCGUUAGCUCAGAUGACGUCACGGGUAUGGGGCUAGGAUUCAUGGGAUUCUUCUUCGAAUUAUUUCUGUGGUUCGGAAUCUCAAAGGUUUAUUGGUUCUUGAACUGGAUUUGUUUGGUGACGUUGUCAUAACAACGUGGCUCCUCUACGGCGCCCGCUUCCUCGGUUUUGUUAGAUGCUUUUGUGACGUCAGAUGUACUUUCUCCGGAAUAGUCAUCGUAUUACGACAUAACAUAGGUUGUGAUCCUAGCCCUCUCCCAAGUGGCUCCGUCAACAUACGUGUGAGCACAGCGGCGAGGCUAUUGAUUGACUGGUUGUCUGUUUGGGUUGAAGAAGAAGACUCGGGGUUAUGAUAGAAAGAAGGAGAAUAUACAACCAUAUGAUAUAAAAAUUGUUACCGUACUCUUAUGACUGUAUGCAAGUGUUCAUUCAACUAUGAAACAAGACAAUCUGAGGGUCUGAAACUCGCCAGUAUUGCAAGAUACUCGGAACUCUAAGGACAGUUUUGCUUGAUAUUGAAAAAAGGUUAUGGGACUGAGAUACCAGCCACGUUUAUCAAGUACAGAAAGUAUAUGUUAUUAUAGAUAUUACUCGUGUUGAGCCUCAAAGGUUUUGAUGACCCUGAAAGUUCGUGGUAACAGUCGACUAGAUGUCGUCUUUCUGAUAGUAUAGACAGUGAGGAUUCUGAUAUGCCGUGAUUAAUAGGCCUUGUCUGCCGAAGUGUUGGCCGUGGCUGACACGCAAGGUCGUCAUAGCCUGCCUCUAGAACAAGUUGCACGGUGUCCUAGAGAACAUAAAACAGUUGCAAUUAUGUGUUUAGGGUCUGUAGACGACAGCGAAAGAUUGUGUCAACUUGUUAAUGCUUGAGUGUUUAAUCGGCGUCUUGCAUUGUAUGCUUCCUGGGAAGCCGAGAAUGCUUCUAGGUGUUCAAGGGUCUACUGGGCCUGUAAUAUAGAUUGUAAAGAGCCUAGAGUUUUCUUGUUGAACGAGAAUAUGAGCUCUACAAAAGCUAUUUAUGUCGUCCGAGCAAGACCGUUAACAAUACUGUAUGUCGACUUAAAAGCACCUGGUGAUUAGGACAAGAGAGUAUCCUAUGUGCCUAACCGUCGACGCUGGAACCCCAAACAUACCCUGAAUCUUGCCAAUCAAAGACCGACGGCGAGGGAAAUUUAUGUUCGUGAAUGCGGUGAUGUUGAAAUCACCCACACUUACGAACAAAGAUCCCUUCUACAGCGCGCAGUCCCUUGUGACUCUCUUGAGGAAUGCGUUCAGUCGAAGCUGCGAACACAACUCAACGAAGAAGAGAAUCCUUCAACUAGACAUCACGAAGUCUCUGGGUGUUUUUAAACAACCCUGUGAAUAGUAAUAUUAAGAAUGAAAUUGAGACGUAUAUGUGUUCUCUGUGGCCUCGACGAAGUGGAAAUAUAAAGUACACCCGUAUUAUUUCUCAUUAUUUUGACGUCGUCUACGCAUACGCACGUUAUACGGGGUGCC